AUUUUGAGUCUCCGGAGAACGGGAUAUGGGAGAUGGUCCCCGAUGAGUACGAGGCCAAGACAUCUUACUGGCUAUCGGUGGCAGGCGUCAAUGCCGGGAUAGGGGUUCGAGUACCAGAGCCGGCAGUCUUUGGUCAUAGGCAGCCUCGGCAGCGCUACACUGGUGGGGACCACAACGAGGAUGCUCCUGAGCAUCAACCUCGGCGUCGCAGUAUGAGACAGGAUACUGGCAAGCGCCCGAGGGGACAAAUAGUGGACACCUCAUCGAGCAGCAGCCAUCACGAUCAGAGCAUUGGGGGCGAUCACCCCGUUGAUUCUGGUCGAAGGUCUCACAGUCACAGAGCCCCGAGGCCUAGGCACGAGGAUGCUCCUGCACCUUCACAGUGGAGCGAGGAGGAUUGGCAGCGCAUGCAGCACAUGAUGCGCGAGAGUGAGGAACGGGUAGCGAGGACCGUGGAGGACAGCCUGUUCAGGAGGAUUAAGAAUUGGUUCGAGGACAAGUUCGAUGCUAUGCGUUGCCGAUGCUCGCAUAGCACUGAUGUUCACGUGCCCAGACCUGCUCCACGAUCUCACUCUGACAGGAGACGCGAGCCCCAGCCCGAGCCCGACUCCGAUCCGGCGCAGCCUACAUCCUCAGAGGCCCCAUCGCAUCACCAAUCCCCUGCACAUGAGUCUCCUGUACGAGAGGUGGGACAGACUACUGGUGAUGCCAUGCACACCCCGCAGUGGCAGCAUGAUCCGUUUGGUGGCCCGACUAGUUUUGGGCAUGUGCAGACUCCGCACAUGGGUGUCCACCACAUGCCCACAUUCGAGGCGUCCAGUUCUUAUGGUGGGCCACGCUACUCGUGGGCUAAGCCGGGCACGAGUUCAGCAUACCCUUUUGAGCCGGCCCGUUCUUCGGCUCCGAUCCUGACUCAAGAUGAGAUGCACGAGUAUUGGAAGCAGUUUAGAGGGGGAGUUUCUGAGGCAGUUUCUGAGGCAGUAGCUGCUGUUCCCCUCAGUAUUUGUGCACCGGAGGCUCCACGCAGAAGUCGCCGAGAACGGAACCCGUCGGCUGCACUUCGAUCACCAUACGUGCACAGCGCCGUGCCGAGACCCGUCGACUCACAGUAUGUUGACGGGUUUGACCGUAUGAUGAAAGCUGGCAACCGUGGCAACUACCGGACGAUGUCGGUGGCAGAGAGCGAACACCCUCUCCCGUUUAGCUUUUGGACCACUAUGCAAAAUUAUGAAAUAAGAUGA